AUGGCUGAGAAGCGUUUCGCUGAAGCGGGCUCCUCCCAACCGCCGGCAAAACGUCCGAGAAGGGAUGAAGACCAAGAAGACAUCGUGAUCGACUAUGACGAAGACGAUGCGAUUCCUCCUUCGCCACCAGACACUGCUGGCCUCGUUCCACCUAGCGCUACCAUUAACUUCAGUGCAUUGACACGCAAGUUGGCGUCAACACGGCGUGGCAACACUGGGAACAACAAUGAACCCGUCAACCCUACGACUCUAGACCGGCAUCGUCAGCAGCAAGACGCCUUCAUCUCCCAUAUAUUCAUGGAUCAAGACUUCUCCUGGCUGCACCUGAAACCAGACCAUGCAUCUCGUCCACUCUGGAUCAGUCCUGAAGACGGACAUAUCAUCCUCGAGGCCUUUUCUCCCAUUGCAGAACAAGCGCAAGACUUUCUAACGGCAAUUAGCGAGCCAGUCAGCAGGCCCGCGUUUAUCCACGAGUACAAACUCACUUCUUACUCUUUAUAUGCGGCCGUGUCAGUUGGUCUUCAAACAGAGGACAUAAUCGAGGUCCUGAACCGCUUGUCAAAGGUUCCCGUUCCAGAAAGCAUCACGGCCUUUAUCCGCGAGCGCACAUUAAGCUACGGCAAAGUCAAGCUGGUCCUGAAACACAACAAGUAUUACGUGGAGUCAAGCCACCCAGAGACUCUCCAGAUAUUGCUCAAGGAUCGGGUCAUUCGAGAGGCGAGGGUCAUUUCGCAGCAGAUGGACAACAGCAUCAAAGCCAACACAUUCACCACUUCUAAAGCACCGACAAAAGGAAAUCUUGUCAUCCCUGGCACUUCUAAAGAGGCAGAGAAGAAAAAGGAGGAAGGCAAAGCUUCUACGGCAGGCCUAGGCGACAAUGAUAUCUUCACUUCCGUGGUCGGUGUCGAAGGAGACGAGAUUGAGGAAGACGAUGAGAACGUGCAUGCUUUUGAAAUCGACGAUGCCAAAAUUGAUGAUGUAAAAAAACGAUGCAACGAGCUCGAGUACCCGAUGCUUGAGGAAUACGACUUCCGUAACGACACGAUCAAUGCCAACCUAGAAAUCGAUCUCAAGCCGACGACCGUUAUUCGACCAUAUCAGGAGACGAGUUUGAGUAAGAUGUUUGGCAAUGGACGAGCACGGUCAGGCAUCAUUGUCCUUCCUUGUGGUGCUGGCAAAACUCUUGUCGGAAUUACGGCGGCGUGUACCAUCAAGAAAUCAUGUCUCGUCCUCUGCACAUCUUCCGUAUCCGUCAUGCAGUGGCGCCAACAGUUCAUGCAGUGGUCCAAUGUGACGGAGAAGCAGAUUGCAGUCUUUACGGCGGACCAGAAACAACGGUUCGCGGGUGACAGCGGCAUCGUCGUAUCUACAUACUCGAUGGUUGCCAACACCCACAAUCGGUCCCACGAGUCGAAGCAGAUGAUGGAGUUUUUGACUUCGCGGGAAUGGGGCUUUAUCCUGCUCGACGAAGUCCAUGUCGUGCCAGCAGCCAUGUUUCGCCGAGUCGUCACCACCAUCAAGGCGCACUCGAAACUGGGUCUGACUGCAACCCUAGUGCGCGAGGACGACAAGAUUGCCGACCUGAAUUAUAUGAUUGGGCCAAAACUAUAUGAAGCAAAUUGGAUGGACCUCGCCGCCAAAGGUCACAUUGCAAAUGUUCAGUGUGCCGAAGUGUGGUGUCCGAUGACACCAGAGUUUUACCGUCAGUAUCUGCGAAUCCAGAGUCGCAAGCGGAUGCUUCUGUACUGCAUGAACCCAAAUAAAUUCCAAGCCUGCCAAUUCCUCAUCAAGUAUCACGAGGACCGCGGAGACAAAGUGAUUGUGUUUUCGGAUAAUGUUUAUGCGCUAGAGGCUUAUGCUAAACGACUCGGGAAACUUUAUAUUCAUGGCGGGACUGGCCAAGUCGAACGCAUGCGUAUCCUUUCAUGGUUUCAACAUAGUCCCCAAGUUAACACAAUAUUCCUUUCCAAGGUUGGAGACACGUCGAUCGAUCUUCCGGAGGCAACCUGUCUAAUCCAGAUUUCAUCUCACUUCGGUUCUCGGAGACAGGAAGCUCAGCGAUUGGGUCGAAUCCUCCGAGCCAAGAGAAGAAAUGACGAAGGCUUCAACGCGUUUUUCUACUCCCUCGUGUCAAAGGAUACCCAGGAGAUGUUUUACAGCACGAAACGGCAGCAGUUCCUGAUCGACCAAGGUUACGCCUUCAAGGUGAUCACUCAUCUCGAGGGGCUGGACAAGAUGGAGGAUCUGGUGUACCGCACACGUGAUGAGCAGAUUGAGCUCGUCCAGUCUGUUUUGCUUGCCAGCGAAAACGAAGCAGACUUGGGCAGCGAUGUUCGUGGGGCUGAUGGUGACUUGGCUGGGACUGUGACGAGCAAAGAUUUCGGGAUGCCUUUGCCACGGGGAAUCGGCAGUGGCGGGUUCUCGGCCGCUCCGAUUACCCAGCGAACCACUGGAUCAUUGACUGCACUCAGCGGGGGUGGUCAUAUGUCAUACAUCGAGCAAAACAAGUCUGCAAACAAGAAAUUGGCGCGGGAGACAGCCCCCCAGCGAAACAAGCUCUUCCUCAAACGCGACAAGGAUAAAGCUGCGUUGAAGAAGGCGAAUUCUGGGCGAUAG